UUAUGGCCCUGUUCCUGGUGUCCAAAGGGCAUCCCUUAGUGCCAUGAAUUGGGGGUAUUGCAUGGGGAGGGAGAUAAGGCGGCUAGGUGGAUCUGGGAGCUAAUGAGUAACCCCAUGAGCCCUGGUGACAGGAUCAGAGGCGUUAGCUGAUCCAGAGGGCCCCAUCUGCUGCUAUAAAGGGCCCACUACACCCACCUCACCCCCAGGAAGAGGCUGGAGCCCAUGACAGGCUGUGGGAUGAGCUGGCUGAAGAUCCUAGGGGCCGUGAUUGUGGGGGCCCUGCUGCUGACGGUCGGAAUUCUGUUGGGCCACUUUGCCAUCCCCAAAGGGGGGAAUGGCUCGGGAACGCCCAGCUGGGUGCAGACCAUGGGCCGGGAUCUGAAUGAAUCCCUGCUGCAGAGCUUCAUGGAUCAGGUGGAGAGCGAGAAGAUCCGGGAGAAUCUGAAAGCCCUGGCCUCCCAGCCCCACAUGGCUACAACUAAGGGGGAUGAGGAGCUCGUAAAGCUGCUGCUGAGGCGCUGGCAGGACCCACAGAUCGGUCUGGACAGCACCAGCGAGGAUGUGUACGGCGCGUUCCUGUCCUUCCCUGACCCACAGAGACCCAACAGCGUGGCCGUGGUGGAGAACAGCAGCCAGAUCUUCACAACCCGGCGCAGCGAGAAGAACGUGACAGCAGACCAGGCCCAUGCAGAUGUGGUUCAGCCGUACGCUGCCUACGCACCCCCUGGGAACCCCAGGGGGAGGCUGAUCUAUGCCAACCAGGGCAAGCGCAGUGAUUACCAGGAGCUGUUCAACAUGAGCAUCAACCUGAAUGGCACCAUCGCCAUCACCCGCUACGGGGGGGUCGGCCGUGCCGACAAGGCAGUGAACGGGGCAGAGUUUGGUGUGGCUGGUGUGGUGGUGUAUACAGACCCUGCGGAUAUCAAUGAUGGGCGGGCAUCCGAGGAGGAGACCUACCCCAACUCCUGGUACAUGCCCCCCUCCGGUGUGGAGCGGGGCUCUUACAACGGGUACUUCGGGGACCUACUCACGCCCUACUAUCCUGCCAAAGAAUUCACCUACAGAAUCAAGGAGUCAGAGAUCCAGGGGAUCCCGCCGAUCCCAACCCAGCCAAUUGGUUUUGAAGACGCCCAGACGCUAAUCUGUAACCUGUCUGGCCCUAAGGCACCCGCAUCCUGGCAGGGCUCUCUGGGCUGCUCCUACCAUGUGGGGCCAGGAUUCCGCACGGGGGGGCUGUUUCCCAACACCAGCGACGUCCAGGUAAACGUUCACAACCAGCGAGUCAUCAAGAACUCCUCCAAUGUGAUGGGGUUCAUCCGGGGCAGCGAGGAACCUGACAGGUACGUCCUCUAUGGCAAUCACCGGGACAGCUGGGUGCAUGGAGCCAUCGACCCGAGCAGUGGGACAGCUGUCAUGCUGGAGAUCACCCGCGUGCUGGGCAAGAUGCUGAAAGAAGGGAAGUGGCGCCCCAGAAGGUCCAUUAUUUUUGGCAGCUGGGGGGCUGAGGAGUUCGGUCUGAUCGGCUCCACCGAGUACACGGAGGAAUUCUACAGCAAACUGCGGGAGCGGAGUGUGGCUUAUAUCAACGUGGACAUCUCCGUCUUUGCCAACGCCACCCUGAGAGCCCAGGGGACGCCGCCUGCCCAGAGCGUCAUCUUUGCAGCUGCCAAGCAGGUCCAAACCCCAGCCAGCUCCUCCGUGUCCGUCUAUGACAACUGGAGAAACCACUUCAACCGCAUCAGCCCCAGCUACGGCGUCAUCCCCAACUUAGGGUCCCUGGGUGCCGGGAGCGACUAUGCCUCCUUCAUCCAUUACCUGGGUAUCACCUCCAUGGACAUCGCCUACACCUAUGACAGGAACAAGACAUCUGCUCGGAUCUACCCUGCCUACCACACGGCCUUCGAUACCUUCGACUAUGCUGACAGGUUCAUCGACCCAGGGUUCACCAGCCAUCAGGCUGUGGCCCGGACGGCCGGCAAUGUGCUGCUGCGGCUGGCCGACAGCCUCGUCCUCCCCCUCAACGUGAGCGACUACGGAGAGAAGCUGGAUGAGCUAUACAGCGCAGCCGCCCAGGGGGACUUCCUGGACAAACUCAAUGCCAACAAUCUCUCUCUCG